AUGGAGGAAAAUGUUUACAGUAAAGUUAAAUUGGAGCCAUUAGAUCUUCCACCCGUCAAGUUAGAAGUUGACGUGAAACUCGAGCAACCACACGAAGACCCUCCAAGAGACGAUGUUCUCGCAUGUAAAUACUGCAAUUACAACGCGAAACGCCCAUCCUCCCUCCAACUACAUCUGCAAUUCCACGGCCCCAACGUCGACAAGUUUAAAUGUGACCGGUGCGAUUUUACAACCUCGCACCAGUUCUUCCUCAACGUUCACAAACUGAAGCACUUCGAGCAGAGGCACGCCUGCAAACGCUGCCAGUUCAGCGCGGUCAGCAAAUCGGAUCUGCGAGAGCACAUGGUGCAGCACGAGUCGGACGUACGUUACAAGUGCAACGAUUGCGUCUACGGGACUUACUUCAAGCCCAAUUUACAGGCGCACAUUUUAAAGCACGUCCUCGCCAGACUGUACAAAUGUAAACUGUGUCAUUUUAAGACGCAGUCUCACGCGUACUUCGCGCGCCAUUGUCACAAGAAGCACAGUGAACCGUAUUCCAUUUGUAAUGCUCGUUUGCAGCAAUAA